UUGCUUAUGCUCUGCCUCUGAGUAUCCCUGCCAAGCACAGCGCCACGGCUGUAAUUUGAUUGUGACCUAAUCCCAUCUAAAGUCCCUGAAGUGUAAGUAUAAAAGCUAAAGUCGUGUGGCACAAGUCACCUGAGGAGGCUGCGAGUGACAAGAAAGGACCUUAUUGUAAAAUCGAAAUGGCAGAGGAGUGGGGUAAACAGGCUUUUGCUGCCAGGCGCUACAAUGAAGACACAACGAGGGGUUCUGCGUUCACUUACACAAACAGCAAUCAUACCAAAGAUCCCUUCGAGGGUCCCAAUUACCACAUCGCUCCACGAUGGGUUUACAACCUUUCCACAUGCUGGAUGAUUAUUGUAGUCAUCCUAUCAGUCUUCACCAACGGUCUCGUGUUGGUGGCCACGGCAAAGUUCAAGAAACUCCGACACCCUCUGAACUGGAUCUUAGUCAAUCUCGCAAUUGCUGAUCUUGGAGAAACAGUUUUUGCCAGCACUAUCAGUGUAUGCAACCAGUAUUUUGGUUACUUCAUUCUCGGACACCCGAUGUGCAUCUUUGAGGGCUUCACUGUCUCAGUUUGCGGAAUUACUGCUCUCUGGUCCCUGACGAUCAUCUCCUGGGAGAGGUGGAUAGUUGUGUGCAAACCUUUUGGAAACAUCAAAUUUGAUGAAAAAUGGGCCAUUAGUGGAAUAGUGUUCUCCUGGGUCUGGUCAGCAGUGUGGUGUGCUCCCCCCAUCUUUGGAUGGAGCAGGUACUGGCCUCAUGGUCUGAAGACUUCCUGUGGCCCUGAUGUAUUCAGUGGAAGCGAAGACCCUGGCGUCCAGUCCUACAUGGUUGUUCUUAUGAUCACAUGUUGCUUGAUUCCUCUGGCUAUCAUCAUCUUAUGCUAUCUCGCAGUCUGGCUGGCCAUCCGUGCAGUUGCCAUGCAGCAGAAAGAGUCAGAGUCAACCCAGAAAGCCGAGAGAGAAGUAUCCAGGAUGGUUGUCGUCAUGAUCUUUGCAUAUUGCUUUUGUUGGGGUCCUUACACGUUUUUUGCCUGCUUUGCUGCGGCUAACCCGGGAUAUGCGUUCCAUCCCCUGGCUGCUGCCUUACCUGCCUACUUCGCCAAGAGCGCCACCAUCUACAACCCAAUCAUCUAUGUCUUCAUGAACCGACAGUUCCGUCAAUGCAUCAUGAAGCUCUUUGGCAAAGAAGUGGAUGAUGGCUCUGAAGUAUCCACAUCAAAGACAGAGGUCUCCUCUGUGGCACCUGCAUAAACCUCUAUGUUCCAUACGUUGGCUCCAUGAGGACCAUUCUGAUUUGUACAGUAAAUGUUUAUUUAUGUAUUGCAUUUUUUAGCACAUAUAGCUUUCUGGCAAAUAAAGAAACUAACAAAAAAAAUAUAUAAAGAAAAUUGUGCAAUAAUAUCAUGUUCUUCUUUCGAAUCUGCAUGA